GCCAGCUUCAUGCUUGGCUUGGAAGUGAAGCUGACUCCAGUAAUUCGCUAUGCUGUGCUGCGUGUUCUGUGCUUAGGGUCCUGAUGCAGGGUGCUGAACAAAGAGUAUGGGCGAUCAAGAAAACCCCGACAUGUAUCAUUUUGUUUGUCCACAUCUAUGGGAUAUUUUAGAACGUAGUGACCUAUGAUGAUGUGCAUGUUGACUUCACCCGGGAAGAGUGGGCUUUGCUGGAUCCUUCUCAGAAGAAUCUCUAUAGUGAUGUGAUGCUGGAGACCUUCAGGAACCUUACUGCUAUAGGCUACACAUGGGAAGAUUAUAAUAUUGAAGAACAUUGUCAACGUUCUAGCAGACAUGGAAGGCACAAAAGAAGCCAUACUGAAGAUAAACCUUCUGAAACUACUAAAUGUUUUAAAGCCUUUGCAUAUCAUAAUCUUUUUCAAAGGUUUGAAAGAAUCUGUACUGGAGAGAAACGCUAUGAAUGUAAUCAAUGUGGUAAAGUCUUUACACAUCAGAAUAUGCUCAAAAAUCAUUACAGAUCCCAUACUGGAGAGAAACCCUACGGAUGUAAUCAAGGUGGGAAAGGUUUUGCAUUUCACAGUCAUCUUCGAAUGCAUACAAGAACACAUACUGGAGAGAAACCCCAUGAAUGCAACCAAUGUGGUAAAGCCUUUUCAUGUCACAGUCACCUGCAAAUACAUGAAAGAACCCAUACUGGGAGAAAACCCUAUGAAUGUGAUCAUUGUGGGAAAGCCUUUUCACAACAUUAUCAUCUCCAAAGGCAUAAAAGAACACAUACUGGAGAGAAACCCUAUGAAUGUAAUCAAUGUGGUAAAGCCUUUGCAUGUGACAGCAGUCUUCUAUUGCAUCAAAGAACCCAUACUGGAGAGAAGCCCUAUGAAUGUAAUCAUUGUGGGAAAGCCUUUGCAGUUAAGUGUAGUCUCCAAAAUCAUAAAAGAACACAUACUGGAGAGAAACCCUAUGAGUGCAAACAGUGUGGUAAAGGCUUUGCACAGAACAGUCAUCUUCUAAGGCAUAGUAGGACACAUACUGGAGAGAAACCCUAUAAAUGUAAUCAUUGUGAGAAAGCCUUUUCACAACAGUAUCACCUCCAAAGACAUAAAAGAAUGCAUACUGGAGAGAAACCUUAUGAAUGUAAUCAAUGUGGUAAAGGCUUUGCACAGAACAGUAAUCUUCUAGUACAUAAGAGAACACAUACUGCAGAGAAACCCUAUGAAUGUAAACAAUGUGGUAAAACCUUUGCACAAAAAAGUCAGCUCAACGGUCAUAAAAGAACACAUGCUGGAGAGAAACCCAAUGAAUGUAAUCAACAUGAGAAAGCCUUUUCACAACAGAAUCAUCUCCAAAUACAUAAAAAAAAACAAAUAGGAGGAAAAGCCCUAUUAAAGUAAUCAAUGUUGUAAAGCCUUUAUAUGUCUUUGUAGUCUUUGUAUCAUGGGAAAAAAAUCAUACUACAGAGAAUUCCUAUAAAUAUAGUCAAGGUUUUGCAUUUCAUGAUAGCUUUUAUAUAAGAUUAAAACUUUCAGUGUGCAAUCAUUUUGUUAAAGCCUGUGCCUAUCAAAAUAGUCUUUGAAGACCUAAAAAAAAACAAAAAACCCAUACAGAAGAGAAUUUAGCUAUAAAGGAUUUGGUAAGAUCUUUAGCCAACACAUUUAUGUUUCACAAGUGUAUUUAUUCUGAAGAAAAAAAAUCUGACCAUAUCAUUAAUCUGUUCAAGAAGUAUAAUGCCCAUCUUUAUUUUGUUUGUACCUGCAAACUCAUAGAAAAAGCCCUAUAAAUUUAAAUGAUAUAAUAACCCUUUUAGAUUUCAUACAUCUCUUCUAUGACAUGAAAUAAUAUUCAGGUGUAAAAGUUUAUGGAUAUUUGUGCCUUUUCUGUUGUUGUGAUAAAACAUUAUGUUUAUGUCAACUUAUGAGAGAGUUUAAUUUGACUCUUGAUUCCAGAGUGAUAUAGGACUACAAUGAAAGUGAUUUGGCAACAAGUGUCAGACAUGGCAGCUAAAGCAGGAGGCAAAGAUCUCACAUCCUCAACCUGUAGCAUGAAGCAGAGAGUGGGAACAGGAAAUAGAUUUUAGAUAUAAAUUGUGAAAACAUAUCCGUAAUGACAUAUUUCCUCCAAGAGGGCAGCAUGUCCCGAAUCUCAAAUGAUGUCACCAACUGGAGAUUGAUUUUUCUGACUUCAAGCCUACAUGAUUGCAUUCUGAACCAAUUCAUGAUGAAGUCAAAAUAUGUAAGAUGCCCUUAACACCUGUGUGAUAGGAAUGUAUACUUAUCAGAGAAAUUCCUUCAUGAGUGAAAAUUUGUUUAAAGAUUCUAUUUAAUUUUAAUUAUGUGAUGUUAAUAUGUAUUUGUGUGUAUAUGUGAAUGUGCAUUCUGGCUCCCAAGAAAGUUAGACCCUUGAAUCUUCUUGUAGCAGGAAUUAUAGGAAGAUGUAAAAGACCUGACCUUGUUCCUGAGAAUGAAGUUUUCUUUUUUUUUUUUUUUUUUAGACCAGGCUGGUCUCGAACUCACAGAGAUCCGCCUGCCUCUGCCUCCUGAGUGCUGGGAUUAAAGGCAUGAGCCACCGCUGCCCGGCGAGAAUGGAGUUUUCUUAACUGUUCAGCCAUGUCUCUAGCCAUAUACAUUUUUUAAAGCCUCUCUGUAUCAACUUGAAAUCAUGAAAUAGUGAAGAAUUCAUACAAGGGAAAGACAAUAUUCAUGUAAAUGAUUGGAUAAAAACUCUAGAUAUCAUGGUUGCCAUCAGUUUCAAGGAGAAAAAUAUCUUUUUCAUUUUAACCUUGAAGAACGUAAAUUACUACCAUGUUCCCUCAAGACUGAUGGUGGAAAUAACUACAUUGUGGUCUCUAUUUUGCAACAUUUGAAGUCGAUAUUAAAAUAUGCUAUAUAUGGCAAAUCCACUUGCUAAAUUUUAUUUUGAUGUCCUUAUGUUUAUUCUGUGACUUUGCUCUUCCUCCAUUGUGCUUCUUUUUAAUGAUAGUUAUUUUUCUGCUGCAAUGUAUUAAAGGGGAUAUCAAUCACCAAA